ACAGUUCCAGCUCCCCGACCGAACAAUAGUAAACAAUAGUUCUCUGUCCGUGAUCUAUUAUUAGCUCUAGUCUCGACUCUAUCUAUGCCCCCAGCAGUCUCAUGAUUCCCCUCUGCCCCUUGACUGAAUGACACUUCCUACGCAAGUAAAAUGAGCCACGCUUCUCCUUCAUCGACCUUCAUCGCACUGCAGUCGUAUAACAAGACAAAAGUUGAUUUAUUGCUCCUGCAGGAGUUAAAACUAGUGAUGCUGCUUCCUGCUUCCUCUGUAGCUUUCUGUCUGCGUUUUUGGCCUUCUUCGCCUGUUGUUUGCUGGCUCCGAGAAGAUGAUGACGAGAGGAGUUGGAGGAGGAGGAGGAGGAGGAGGAGGGAGCAGUAGGCAUCCCUUCACGCCGUCGCAAUGGCAAGAGCUGGAGCUCCAAGCGCUCGUCUUCGAGUACAUGGCGUCGGCCGUUCCCGUUCCUCCUGAUCUCCUCUGCUGCGUCAGGAGAAGUCUCUUCGCGGAGCCGCGGUCUCCCCGCUUCCUGCCGCCGCAUCCUCCUGCGAUUGGGUGGGGGGCUUAUCAGAUGGGCGACGCGAGGAAGGAGGUGGAUCCAGAGCCCGGGAGGUGCAGGAGAACGGACGGGAAGAAAUGGAGGUGCUCCAAGGAGGCGUUUCCUGACUCCAAGUACUGCGAGAGGCACAUCCACAGGGGGAAAGGCCGUUCAAGAAAGCCUGUGGAAUUGUCUUUGGCCACCGGCCGGCCGGUCGUCUCCCACAGCUCGCCAAAUUUCCACCCUCCUCCUCCUCCUCCUCUCUCCCUCUCCUCGCCGCGCACUGAUCACCAUCUCCUCUCCCCCCGUUCCUCCUCCGUAAGGCCUUCUGCCAUAGGUUCUGGCUACUCGCACAGCGAAGAUUCCUCAAACUUCUGCUUGCAAUCUGUUGAUAAGCACAGGAACAUCCUUGGCUUCGAGGAAGGCGCGCGUGAGUUCCCUUUCCUCCCGGAAGGCUACAGAACCGGAAGGGAGCUUCGCUGCAGCUUCGGGCAUAUGGAGAUGAGCUCGAAACAUACUUACAGCAGCAUGCAGAGUAUUGAUUCCCACUUCAGGAUUUGCUCGUCUAAGGGAGAGGAGGAUGAGCAGCGCUGCCUCUUGGGCACUGGCCUCAAGAUGGAGAUGGCUGCUAAUGGCAGGUUGGAGAAGGAGGAGGAGCAACCAAGGCCGUUCCACUGUUUUCUCGAUGAGAAGCCUCCCACAGUCGAUGGCUCUUGGAUGAGCAUGGACGUGGGCUCGAAGACACAGCUAUCCAUGUCCAUUCCGCUUGCCGACCACGACGUCCCAGUCACUGCUACAACGAAGGUUGAUUUCUAAAGACGAGAGAAGCUUCGCCCUUCAGCACUUUGUCAUCCCUGCUCUAGAUUUUGCAAUGUCAAUCGUCUCUUGCUAGUAUGUUGUUGUGAUCAAUGAAGAAGAUAUGCUGUUGUGUUUUCUAUCCUAUUUCUACAAUUCCAUUCUGCUAAAGAUUAAACUA